AUGUCCCAACCGCACGCCGACCCCGAAGCACCGCUCUUCGGCGUCGCCCACAACGUCUCCCGUACGGCCCUCACAGCCUUCACGUGGGCCAACGUCGCCACCUCGUACAUCUUCCUCUCCCUCCGCCUCCUCGUCCGCUGGCGCCGGAACCGGCACCUCCUGCGCGACGACUUCUGGAUGGUCUUUGCCUGGCUAUGCCUCUUGACCAUGGCGAUCCUCCAGAUGCAGCAGAUGGACUCGUUGUGGUACAUCGUGGAGCUCAAGGCGGGCAGGUUCCUCCCCGCGUCCAAGGGGGAGGCGGACUCGCAGCUGGAGCAGUGGUUGCGCUGGUCGUAUGCGCUCACGUACCUCUUUUGGACGGGUUUGUUUGCGGUGAAGGCGAGUUUUCUGAAUGUGUUUUUCAGACUCGUCAGUCCCAUCCCAUGGCUGCGCAAGGUGUGGUAUGCGACGGCCGUGUUUUGUCUCCUUGCGUAUGCUGGGGGGUGGCUCUCGGGGUCGCUCGUGUGCGAUACUCCGUCCGACUAUUUUCGAGCUGGAAAAUGCCUCUCCCCAAAGGAAGUUUACUUUUACCGCUUCUCCAUCUUCUUCGCAACAGCAGCCGACGUCUUCACAGACCUGCUCAUUAUGGGCCUACCCAUCGCCGUCCUCCCCUCCCUCCAGCUCGACUUCAAGAAAAAGCUUGGUCUCGGGGUCGCCUUUUGCCUGGCACUCAUCACAAUCCUUACAGCCAUUGUCCGCAUGACGCAGGUGCUCAAGGGCGAGACGAUGGACAUGGUUGGCCUGGCUGUGUGGAGUCUUACCGAGCUCGGCACCGCCAUCAUCGUGGGAUCACUCCCGCCACUGAAGGCUCUCUUGACGCGUGGUAUGAGGAAGUACAACGGGAGCAAGACGAACCGCAACAAGUCGUACAUCAACUGCAGAGGCGAGCCCGGUAACGGCUACGGCCCGAAUAACACUUCCCGGUCUGUCAUGGUUGCCGAGUCGAUCCCGUUGGAUGAUAGGCAUAGGAGCGAGCAGUUUGAUGGAGGGAUAUACGUUCAAAAGACAUGCGAGGUUCGCGUCGAGGGCGUUUCGAAGAGAACGAAUGAUGAGGAAGAGGCGGUUGUAACGAAGAGUUUUGCUGCUAGUAGACCUCCAUAG